AUGAAUACUGUUAAAUUAAGUACAGAAUUAUUAGAGGUGAGUAGUUGAUAUUUUACUAUCAAUAUUUGUUUUUUUCUAACAAUGUACUGAUUUUCCCAUACAUAUUUAUAGAGUAUUGAUCAAGAUGGUGAUACUGAAUCAUUACCCUCACACUCGAGUGACGACUUGGAAUCAUAUGCUUUUUCUGAACAUCAAAUACAAACAGGCAAACAAAUUAGUAUAGAUGACUAUUCAGGUCAAUUUAAGUUUGAUUUUUCUUUAGAUUUUGUAGAAAUGUCCAAACGACAUUGGAUGGUAAUGAUAUUAUUUUAAAUACUCUGUUACACCUUAAAACCUUAAGUGAAGGCCUAUAAAAACUAUACACAAAUUUGUUUUCAAUUAGUGAUUUAUGUUUUAGUAUUCUGUAGCAUUGAACAAAGUAUACAUUGAUAUGAACCGAAUACUACCUAUACAAUUUUAUUGGCAGUUUGACAAAGCUAAUUCAUUAGGAAUAAAAAAUCUUCGUAUACGAGCAUUACUUGUUUUUGCUAUUCCUGAAUUUCGUCAGUUAUCCAUUAAACGUUGUCCAAUACAUGUUAUGCUGGAUGUACCCAGUAGUAUGCAUUUUUCAUAACAUUACUACAUACAUUAAAUUAAAAUGUAUAUAUUUGAAAUUUCUUAAUUAAUUUUUAAAAUAAUUUUAGAUCCCAAACAAGUUGAACACAUUAUAUGGUGUGAACAAAGUGAUGCUAUUUAUGAAAAAGAUCCCAAUAGCCAGCGGUAUAGUGUGGUUGCUACUGUUCAUAAUUUUGAUCCUAGUUCGUCUCACAGAUCGUAUGAUGUGUUAUAUAAGUUUAUGUGCAAAUCUAGCUGUAGUACAAGUUUCAACCGAAAACCUAUUUAUAUAAUUUUUACUUUAGAAACUCCACAGUAAGAUUAUUAAGUAUAUUAUUUAAUAAUUAUAAUUACAUUAUUAACUUUAUGAAAUUUUAUUUUAGGGGACAAGUAUUAGGUAGAAAAAAACUAGGUUUGAAGGUUUGUAGUUGUCCAAAAAGAGAUAUGUUAAAAGAAGAAGCUCUAGAAAAAAAGAGAUUAAAUGGGAUACCUAUAAAAGUAACAAAACCCAAAAAUGAUGUCAUCAAUGUUGAUUAUAGAACUUUCAAAAUUCCAGAGGUACUUAUGUAUUUUUUUUUUUAUACAAAUUAAAGUUCUUAAAAUAUUAAACGGACAGUUAUUUAUUUCAGUUAACUAUUCCAAGUAAAAAGUUAUAUUUAAGUACAUUGGAACUAUUGCACAGUCAUUUUUUGGGUAAUGCUGUUAGGGAUGAUAAUCUGGUAGAUUCACAUUCUUUGAUUAGCAUGGUUGCUGACCUAAUAACUCAAGAGAAUUCUGUAAGCAACAAUACACUUUUAUUAUUUAUAACUGUACUUAUUUUUUAAAACAGAUGCACAAUGUAUAAUAAAUAUUAACUUUUUUUUAGAAUAACAAUGCUGAUUCAAAAAAUCAACAAUCUUGA